AUGUUAAGAGUGAUGCGCAAAGUACGCAGCGGCUUGUUGAAGGAGUUGAGGAAAGAAUCAGUCAUAUACGAGUUAAUAUUAAAUGGUAAAGAACGGGUACAACAUAUUGAGUAUAUGUUGGACUAUUUUGAGGACUUCCCACUUCAAGAUAGGUGGAUGACUAUACCAGAUAUGGGACACCUCAUUGCAUCUUGUUAUAAUGUUUAUUUGGAAGGUCAACACCCUAUGCCACCAGUUGAUGAGCGUUGGUUGAGAUGUGCAACCAUAACUGCAUCAAAUUGGCUUACGCCAUAUCAGGAUCGUAUACGUCAAUUUAGAUAUGAAGCUGGUGUAGUAGACCCUUAUAAUAAUGACCCUAUAUUUAUUGAGUAG